AUGGAAUCAAAGACCAGACUAGUCUCAACCCUCCGCCUGCUCAUACCCCGUCUUCGCCUCCUACAAAAGAAAGACACAGCCUCCUCAGUCGUCCAACGCCGCGAACUCUCCCAACUCCUCAGCGAAGGCCGCGAUGCAUCAGCGCGCAUCCGAGUCGAAAAUGUCAUCGCAACAGAUAUCGCAGUUGAGGUAAUGGAGAUGGUCGAACUGUACUGUGAGUUGCUGCUGGCGCGCGCAAAUGUGUUGGAUCAGUUGGCCUUCAGCGACCAGGGUACCCGCGCCAGACUUCGCGCCAAGGAAUUGCUCAAGAAGCGCACCCAGGAACAAGCUGGAGCUACCACAUCCAUUACCGCAGGUGCCAAGGGCGCUGGGGAAAACACUGGUUCGCGAUUCGGGUUCUCUUGGCUGGGAGGAGGAGCGCAAAAGAAGGAGGCUGAGCGGGCUGCGCCGAUUACAGCUGGUGGUGCGGAUGACUCUGGUGAUGGACUUGCGGAUGAGGAUAACCCAUACAUGGAUACUGCGAUCGACGAGGCGGCUACUGUUGUGUUCUAUGCGUGGCACCGCUUUCCGCACGAGGUGCGCGAAUUCACCAUGCUUCGCACCAUGCUGGGCGAGCGAUAUGGCAAGGAGUUUAUGACCCUGGCGCAAGAUAAUAAGCUCGAUACUGUCAAGGUUCCUGAUCGACUUCUCAGAGGCUUGCGUGUGCGCCCGCCAGGACAGGAACUUGUUGACAGUUACCUUCGAGAGAUUGCCAAAGCAUACGGCGUUGAAGGUUAUGAAGCCGAAGAAGAGCUGGGAAGUGCGCCAGAAUUUGUGGAUGACCUUGGUGAUGGUGAUGGCGACGCAGAAGAGCCCCAAUUACCGCAAACUCCUAGCAAGCAGCAAGGAGACUCAGCGUCGAGGCCGAACCUCUCUGAAGCAAGACGUGCCUCGGAGACUAGUGAAUUGACUAAAGCUACGCCUCCACGUGGACUCGCUGCGGGCCGAAGUCCUGUCAGCGUUGCACCGCCAGCUCCUAGAACAGACAAUCCUCAUCCCAGAGUCAAGCUUCCCGGUGCAGAGGGGAAGUCCGCUGCCAUCUCGAAGGAGAAUGGCUCUAAGAACAAGAGUAACAACAGUGGGAUACCCGAGCUGGAUGAACUGACACGGAGAUUUGCGGAUUUGACAAGGAGACCAUGA